AUGUCACAACCUGGCAUUUUCACCAAAUCAAAUCUGGUUUAUAUACCGCUGUCAGUAACGACCGCUCACACGUUAAAUUUCAUAUUUAAUUCUCCAUUAUCUACAUGGCAAGAAUUUCCUCCAAAAUUACCUACCUCAGUAUAUUCUUCAAUAUUUUUUAUCCCAUUAUUAUUGUUUUUAUCACUUUCAUUUGAACCAAUUCAAACAAGCAAACGGUUUUAUACGUUAUUAUCUCUCGCUCUUAUAUUUGUUUCAAUUCCAAUAAGUUUUCGCGGAAAAUAUCCACCGACACUUCAUAACGUUUUUGUAGCUUAUGGAGCAAUAUUUGGACUAAAAAUGUUAUUGUUCUUAAAAUCUAAUCAGAAGUUCCAUUAG